AUGGCUACUUUACAGAAUUCACCGGGGAAAAAGUUUAAAAAUUUUACCCUAAACUUUGGACCACAACAUCCAGCCGCACACGGGGUUCUUCGUUUAAUUUUAGAAAUGAAUGGCGAAAUUGUUGAGCGCGCGGAUCCCCAUAUUGGGCUUUUACACCGAGGUACAGAAAAAUUAAUUGAAUACAAAAAUUACAUGCAAGCUUUACCAUACUUUGAUCGACUUGAUUAUGUCUCAACUAUGGCACAAGAGCACGGGUAUUCGUUAACCGUUGAAAAACUUUUGCACUGCCAGGUACCUUUGCGUGCUCAGUACAUUAGAGUUCUCUUUGCGGAAAUUACAAGAAUUUUGAACCAUUUGUUGGCUUUAAGCUGCCACGCCAUGGACGUUGGGGCAUUGACACCUUUUCUUUGGGCCUUUGAAGAAAGAGAAAAGUUAAUGGAGUUUUACGAACGCGUUUCAGGUGCACGUUUUCAUGCUGCUUAUAUUCGCCCAGGGGGUGUUGCUCAAGAUUUACCGCAGGGUCUGUGUGACGAUUUGCAUAAAUUUUGCCAGACAUUCGCUUCGCGAAUUGAUGAGAUGGAAGAAAUGUUGACGAACAACCGAAUCUGGAAACAACGUUUAGUAGACAUUGGGACCGUCACUGCUGAUGAAGCCAUCCAAUGGGGUUUCUCUGGUGUAAUGCUUCGAGGUUCAGGUGUUUCUUGGGAUCUACGUAAAACACAACCUUAUGACGUCUAUAGUGAUUUACAAUUUGAUAUCCCCGUUGGGACACAAGGUGAUUGCUACGACAGAUAUUUGAUCCGAAUUGAGGAAAUGCGACAGAGUCUAAAAUUAAUUGCUGAAUGUUUAAAUAAACUUCCACAAGGCCCCAUUAAAGUGGAUGACCGAAAAAUUACGCCUCCGUCAAAAAGCCACGUCAAAGAGUCUAUGGAAUCUUUAAUUCACCAUUUUAAAUUGUAUACCGAAGGCUUUGUCGUUCCUGCUUCUGAAACUUAUACGGCAGUGGAAGCGCCUAAAGGUGAGUUCGGUGUUUAUUUGGUAAGCAAUGGUACUAACAAACCAUACCGUUGCAAAAUUCGUGCGCCAGGUUUUGUUCAUCUGCAAGCUUUAGAUUUUAUGGCAAAGAAGCAUUUAUUAGCAGACGUGGUAACAAUUAUUGGAACACAAGACAUCGUUUUUGGUGAAGUAGAUCGAUAG